AUUUGCGAUACAAAGCGCUUUUGGGUGGCAUUUCUGCAGUGGUAUAUUGUGUGAUAAGCAGCGCGUCUCUUCACCAAAGAAUUCUAAAAAUUGAGUGAUACCUCACUACCUCUAGUGUUCUACAAUCUAUAAUCAAGCUGUGAGAGUGAUUGAGGAUGGAAGACUGUGAAAAUUUUUAUCAGCAAGUGGCUCGUCUGCGAAGCUUUGAUUUCUGUCCCUUUAGACUCACUCCGGCAGAGAAAUGCACUCUCUCCAGGGAAGCAUACUUCUACCGAUCGUCCACCAGCUCAAUAGUGUGCAUAAAGUGCCGAGAUUCCUUCAAUUUUGAGUGCUUCAAUGCUACUUUGGAGCAUCAAUGUGGAGCUGCUUCGGCCAGCAGCUCCUGGGAGGACAUUAACAUUCCAAUUCCGUCACCUUGCAUCACACCUAACGAGGAUCUUGCGUCUGAGACUUACCGCCUGGAGACUUUCCUGAAAUAUCCCAUGUUUGAGGACCUGACGGGAGCUGAGGAAAUGGCAUCCAAUGGUUUCUACUUUGACAAGGCGUGGGAUCACAUCAAAUGCUACGCUUGUGGUUUUGGGCUCUCCUUCGUCAACUUCGAGCCCUCCAAUGCCAUCAAAGCUCACAACACGUUCUCUUUGUUGUGUGAGUCUCGCGAGAGUGAUCAGCUUCACGCAAUGAGGAACUUUCUCAAUUCAGAGGAUGGAAAGGAACUUCUCGAGAAUCACACCGAAAAUUCCGUCAAGAGUGUUAUCAAGAAACGGCUGUCAAACUCUCAAUCGCUCAUUGUGGAUGAGGUCAAGAAUGAUCUUAAGGCGCUCAAGAUUAAAGCCAAGGAGGAAGGAGUGCAGCUCAUCGGCAGUGCUGAGAACUGGAAUAUCGCCGAACAGGGAAACAACUCUAUUGAUGAAGACACUGCAGGAACUCUCGCCAGGGACUUGCUCGAUCAAGCAGAGAUUUUGAGAGAGACGCAGAAAGAGAACAAACUAUGCAAGAUUUGUCUCACCGAAGAUAUUUCGAUGGCAUUCGUUCCUUGUGGACAUUACAUCGUCUGUGGAAUUUGCGCUGCAACACUGAAGGAGUGUCCACUUUGCCGCGAAGCCAUCCAGAAAACUCUAAGAAUUUAUCAAUAAAACGCUGAUCAGGGGCUUUAAUGACCAAAAGUAAUUGUCCCACGGAAUUUUGUAUUCGGGCAUUUGCCAAUUUCUAUAGAAAAAUAAUAUAAGCUAAUUGAAUUUAAUAUUC